GAACUCCAACGAUGACAUCUGUCAAUGUUAAUAUACACACCACACAUUCUUACGAACGUAAUUAUUUUGACGCACCAGUACUAUCUAUAGUUAGUUUGAUAUAAAGCAAUAUUAAAUCUUAUGUACGCUUCAAUUUUUUAAUCAUGGGACCUCGUACAUCAGUAGAAAAGCUACAGCACAUUAUUGAACGCUUCGUGCAUGAAAAGCGUGUGGUAAAUAAGAGCCGGCAGGCUCCAAAUAAAAUAUUUACCGAAAAAGAGUGUGAGUGGCUAGUGCGCCAGGUGAAGAAAAAUCCAACCAGAAGCGCUCCAAAGUUAGCUGAAAUGGCCGAGAAAUAUCUCAGUAAGAGUUGCCAUCCUGAAACUGUUCGAAGAGUUCUGAAGAAAGCAACUUUAAAUGGCAAAAUAGCCCGUAAUAAACCUUUAAUAAACGCAGAAAAAUUUAAAGGAAAAGAAAAAGAAAAAAAGAUAAAAAUAAAAAUAUGAUUAAAAUAUAAAUUACCACAUAUUAUUGAAACUCCAGUGCUAUCACUAGAUGUGAACGUCAUCGAAAAUUUGAGACCGGUUUUGAACAAAUAAAAGACAGCAUGACAUCCAUAACAAAUCUGAUCUUAAAAGAGCUAUACUAGGUAAAGAGGAAAUAAAUUAGUCCAGAAAGCACCGAAAAAUUGGUUAACUCCAUGCCAAAUAGGCUAAUAAAAGAUAACCAAUAAAGUUCUAAAAGUGGCGCUAGAUCCAAGUUGGAACUCAAGGAAUUGUAAAAUAAAGCACUAAAUAACUUAAAAUGUUAACAUUUACAAAUAAAUACUUGUUCUUUCUAGAGCUGUAUUCCCUGUGGCGUAAACUGCCUGUAUUUAUUAAUUUUUGUAUUACAAUGAAAUUAAUGGACCUUCUUUUGUAUUUUAUGGUGAGAAGUAAAAAAAGGAACAUAAGAUGUCUGCGUACUCUGUUUUUCUAUUUUCUUAAUAUAUUUUGAAAACAAUAGAAAAUAACCAAACACAAGAAACUAUACACACGCACACACACUUUUUAGCUACGGCUUUAUCCGCAUAAAGGCUUUAUAUUAAUUUGUGGUUUCACAAUUUAACAUGGGGUUCGUCGUUAUCAUUAGUUUGUUUAUUUUGAAUCUCACAAAUCACAAUAUUACCAAGCAAUUUAUUGAUUUUAUACAAACAUGUAAUUUCUCCUCCUAUUGUUUAUUUUGUUCGCUUGUUUGUAUUGGAGUGGAGCCUGACGUCAGAUUUGUCAAAAUCGAUAAAAAUAAUGUAACUGUUUUGGGAAGACGGCAAAUUUUUGCACAUAACAGAUUUACAAAAAACAAACACCCGGUCUUCAACGAAAUUAUUUAAGUAUAUUAAUUAUAUAUUAUUA